GAAUUAAUUACGUUGAAGGCAAAGGGUGUGCGUUGCCCCCAUCGUGGUAUUCAUGUGACUAUGUGAGCAUGGGUCCCUGUGACCUGUGAGUAAUUGGUUGAACGUUGAAGAAUGAAAAUGAAGAUGAAAGCGGAGACAGUGACGUUAGUGCUGGUGAAUCUGGCGAGUAUUAUGCAGAGAGCGGAUGAGUCGUUGCUGCCAGGAGUGUAUAAAGAGGUUGGCGCUGCUCUCAACGCUGACCCCACUGCGUUGGGUUCGUUGACUCUCGUCCGAUCACUUGUUCAGUCUUUGUGUUACCCUCUCGCCGCUUACCUCGCCACGCGUCACAAUCGUGCACAUGUCAUAGCUCUCGGUGCUUUUCUUUGGGCUGCUGCUACAUUCCUCGUUGCCAUCUCCUCCACCUUCUUCCAGGUAGCAAUUUCAAGAGGUUUAAAUGGGAUAGGACUCGCCAUUGUUAUUCCAGCAAUUCAGUCCCUGGUUGCUGACUCAACUGUUGAUAACAACCGUGGUGUGGCUUUUGGUUGGCUGCAACUAACAGGAAACCUUGGAAGCAUCGUCGGUGGUCUCUUCUCUGUACUUAUAGCCUCAACCUCGGUUGCAGGUAUACCUGGUUGGAGAAUAGCUUUCCAUCUUGUUGCAUUGAUCAGUGUUAUAGUGGGUCUAUUGGUACGCCUCUUCGCUAAUGAUCCACACUAUUCAAAGAAACCAACAUCUCAAGCUCCAAACAAGUCCUUUUAUUCUGAAAUGAAAGAAUUACUGAAAGAAGCAAAGUCAGUUAUUGGAAUCCCAACGUUUCAGAUAAUUGUGGCUCAGGGAGUGUUUGGAUCAUUCCCCUGGUCAGGCUUGUCAUUUGCCACGCUUUGGUUGGAACUAAUAGGCUUCUCCCACGUCACAACAGCAACUCUUUGGACCCUAUUUAUAGUUGCUGCUUCAUUUGGGUCUCUUUUUGGAGGGUGGAUGGGAGAUUUUUUAUCACAAAGGUUACCCAACUCUGGGAGAAUAAUAUUGUCACAAAUUAGCGCUGGUUCAGCUAUUCCUUUAGCAGCAAUUUUGCUGUUGGGGUUGCCUGAUGAUUCAUCCACUGCCUUCGUGCAUGGUCUUGUUUUAGUCAUUAUGGGAUUCACCACAGCUUGGAAUGCUCCAGCAACUAACAAUCCAAUAUUUGCAGAAAUAGUCCCGGAGAAGUCCCGAACAGCAAUAUAUGCUUUGGAUUGUUCUUUUGAGUCUAUCUUGGCAUCCUUUGCUCCACCUAUUGUUGGAGUUUUGGCUCAGCGUGUUUAUGGUUAUAGACCGAUCCCAAGUGGAUCCUCAGAUUCCGUGGAAAUUGAAACAGAUAGGGAAAAUGCUGCAUCACUUGCCAAGGCACUUUAUACUGCAAUUAUAAUACCGAUGACAAUAUGUGUCUCCGUGUAUUCAUUGCUUUACUGCACAUACCCAAGGGACAGGGAACGAGCUAGAAUGGUUGCAUUAGUGGAAGAUGGCACAAAAGAAGAACAUUGCGAAAUUCACGUUUUGGAAUCAAAUGUGCUGAAUGGUAAGGAAAGUAGCACGUUUGACAUUGAAUAUCCAAGGGAAGAGAGUGUCGACGUGGAUGAUGAUGAUAAGAAAGUUUUGUUGCCCCAAUAGUUCACUUUUGUAAGGAAAUGGUGGUUCAUUUGAUCAAAUGUUACAAUUUUUUUUUUUUGACAGUUGUUAUAAUGUUUAUUGUUAGAUAGCUUUUUUGUUCCAACAUAAUUAAACAAACAAGGGGGAAGUUUGUGUUGAUAUCAUGCUCACUACUUAUCAAUUUUUGACAAAUGGAUCAUAUU